AUUUGCUCUCCUUCCUCUGCGAUGGGGGGCGGGGAGAAUAGUCCUGCAGUUGCCCAGGGGACCAUCUGCUUCCUGGGCAAUGCCAGGGCUCCAUGAAGCGAAUGCAAAUCCUUUCCUAGUAAGAAGACCUGAUGGGCACCUCUGAAGCACUGGAACAAAGAAUAGAAGAUGUCAGACUUAUUCGCGAACAGCAUCCAACAAAGAUACCGGUAAUUAUCGAAAGAUAUAAAGGAGAAAAGCAGCUUCCCGUUCUGGACAAAACAAAAUUUCUGGUCCCAGAUCACGUCAACAUGAGUGAGCUUAUCAAGAUAAUCAGACGGCGACUGCAGCUGAAUUCCAACCAAGCGUUCUUCUUACUGGUGAACGGACACAGCAUGGUGAGCGUCUCCACGCCCAUUUCGGAGGUGUACGAAAGUGAAAAGGAUGAAGACGGAUUCUUGUACAUGGUCUACGCCUCUCAGGAAACGUUUGGCAUGAAGCCCUCCGUGUAAACACCUUGCCCCCUCGGCCUUGUAGCCUAGCCUAGUUUUUGCCCUUUCCCCUCCCCUGCCCCUUCGCCCAGGAAAAAGAAAGGGAUGUCGCGCCACUGAUCUGCUCAGAGUAGUUGUGCUUUGCGGGAUGCUCUCAAAUGUCUUUUUCCUUUUUUUGUUUGUAAAUAUUUAAGAGAUGAGCGCCAGUACGGACAAGCGGCCCGGCUUCGUAGACUCGCUAUUCCUUUGCACAGGCAUACUUGCUUUUUAAAAGCCUCUGGAAUUGGAGCAAGAUUCCAUAACCUGCAUGUUGACAAUAGUAAUAAUAAUUUUAAAAAAUAUGUUGGCGUUACUCUCAAAUCAUAGGAACUGGGCUAAGUGUUAAAAAAAAGUAGCCAACUGAAAAUACAUCUGUGUGAUAUUAUCCUGUUAAUUUAUGUUUCAGCUCCUUAAAAAACUGCUUUUCCUCAAAAGGUAGGAAAGUUUGCCUCUUCCGGCUUCUUGGUGUUUGGAAAAAUCGGUGCACGUGGGGGUGGGAGGGGGGGGGAAGAAGAGAGAGAGGGGUUAAUUCCCUGGUAUUGCUACUUCAGUCAAUAUCAGCAAAGCACCGGAUUGCUAACUAUAACUAUAAAGCAAGCAUAGCUUUAGUUUAGGAAGUGUGUAUUUUAAAAAAAUUAGGCUAUGUAUUUAACAGUUAAGAACAUUACUCUAAUAUAUUUGUAUUCUGUCAUGCAUCUUUUUUUUUUUAAACCGAAUCCGCCCAUCGGGCCCUCCCGAAGGGGGCUUCCUUUUAUCCUUCAAAUGAUGAUAACAGAUGCAAGCCAUUAGGCGCAAGCUUUUUAGCCAUUACAAUUGUGUCUUUUUUGUGCACAUCUAUGUAUCUUCAUCUUUUUACCCGGAGUUCUUGAACUGGGACAGGUAGAAAGAAGAUUGAAUCUGCGUUGCAUCCGUCACUGAAAAAACCUUGGUUUCCUUCAGCUUUAAUUUCACACUGAACAUAAUUUCACUUUAUUAAAGUCUAGACUGUAUCUAAAAUGA